AUGACGUCUCUAUUGGCCCGCACGGUCCAUUUGAUAGUCUCCGCUGCCACCUUACUUAGCGGUGAUUUGGAAGAUUGUCUCUUUCCCUUGGACAGUUCCUGCGAAGCAGGUGUGGCCAGCCUGAAUGCCUUGGCCCGCAAUCUCACUGGAAACGAUCCCUAUCUCGUCAUCCCAAAGUUUGACAAGUCGAGCCCUUUUGUGCAAAUGCACCCAUUGGGAUGGUCUGUCAAUCGAUUGGUAUUGGAAGAAGUCAUGGGAUGGAAGACCUUUCAAAGUACACCUGCACUAUUGACCUCGCAUUACGAAGACUUUGAUGUCAGUUCGAGAGAUUUGUCGGACCUCCAAUCUUCCGAAUUUCCAUUUCUGCUGAGUAAUGUGGCGGUCCCACCAGGAAACUCCUGGUCGCCCUACGUUACUCCAGUCUAUUUGGAUCCCGAGACUGGGUUGGCAAUCAUUUCCAUUGUCAAUGAUAACCAACCCAUGAAUGUUGAUCAAGUCGACACUACCUUUGGAAUGUUGAAUUAUGUGGAACGUUUGAAUCAACGUGGAGGAUGUUACGCAGCUAGUACGUCUUCUGCUAGUCAACAAUCCUUGUUGGACACAUAUGUCAAUCGCACAAUCGCAGAGCGUCAGUGUUGGAUUCCAGUCAUUUUGUAUGCCGACACCCGGUCCAAUUUUGAAGCCUGGUUGACCCCGGUCAUUAAUCACAAGAAUCCACCGGCUCUGAUUGUGAAUACCGAAGAACCCAUUGAUGACUACAUGCAACCAAUACGAUUGCCAAACUCCAAAGGUGGUCUUUGGAUUGUCACCUACGAAGUAGAAGAUGAUGUCUAUACCCAACUCGAAUUGACGAUUGCGGACGGAGGAAGAGCGAUUGCUUCUAUUGAAAAGAUCGAACGAGACAUGGAAGUCAUUCCGGACAAUCUCAAGGAUCAAGUCUACCUGGAUCAGCAAUCCAUUCUAAGGUCAUUGGCGGACGAAGCAGCCACCAAUGAUCCCGUGGUGGGUCAGUCCAUGGCAGUGCCUCCCCAACGGGACGGAACAUAUCGUCGUUGCAAGGCGGGGGAAUGCGAGGUUGGCAACUUGUUUAAUGAUGCGGCUCGUUGGUACACCCAAUCGGAUGUGGGAUUCCAAGCCAGUGGGGGUUAUCGAGGACCGGGAUGGGACGAAGGGGGUGUCAAGGUAUCCAACAUUUGGUCGUCUCUUCCUUUUGACAAUACCCUUUGCACAGGAGUCAUUUCCGGAGUCUCGCUCUUUCAACUCUUUAAUUAUUCGGUCACUUACAGUACCUUCGAAGGAGAAAAUACCCAAUUGGGAGAUCGUCUCUUGCAAGUAUCGGGACUGCGCAUAUCGUACAAUUUGCAAUUGCCCGAAGAUUCACGAUUGGUUCAGAUGGAAGUAUGGAAUGAGGAUCGGCAAGAAUACGCCAAUGUGGAUCGAUUGGGCUUGUAUUCCUUUGUGACAGACUCGUAUACCUGCUCUGGAUUUGUUGAAUAUCCAAUCUUGCUUGGAGACGAGUCGCUGACACAAACUGGUGAAGUUCCAGGCAAAAUUGGUAGCGACAUUAUCAUUCAAACAGUGGUCGGUGACUACUUGGCACAGUUUGAACAAACGCCCUAUGACCCAAACCGACAAGGAAACCGAUUGGUGAAUCGAACGGAUCUCUUGACGCCGUUGAAUCUAGUGCAGACACCGGAUUCCUGUCUCCCAGGAGAAUAUUGGCAAGAAGAGAUCGCCUCCUGUUCCGAGUGUCCGGACGAGACUUCAGUAUCCUUCCUCAGUGCAAAAUUGGAGUUUGAUGGCGACGCUGGAUCGGACAGAACCAUUCGAUUGGUCAAUACAGCACUCUUUGACAUUGCUGUUUUGGUCAAGUCCAUGCCCUCUUGGGUCUCCAUUACCUCUGCGUCCUACGAAGACUCUGGAGUCGAAGUCGGUAGUUUUAGUGGUAACAGUACUUCGGUGGACGUCACCUCAGGCCAGACAUUGAUGCUCACUUUCAGAGUCAAUCUGGACAUGCUGGAACCAGGAACAGGGCAAGGUACGGUUGCCUUUGGGGUUGUCGAUGGGGGCAACUAUCCAGGAUGUACUGGUCGCGAUGCUAGUUUCGAAAUCUUCGCGCGCAAGUAUCCACCUGAGGAUUUGAAUCAGUUAGGCUCGAUUCGGUAUGUUGGUUUUGUAUUGGCGGCAAUUGCUUGUCUCAUGGCUCUGGGGUUCACUGGAUGGGUCAUUGCGUAUCGCAAGAUGCAAGUUGUUCGUGUUUUGCAGCCAGAAUUUCUUUGCGCGAUUUCUGGUGGAGUUUUCGUCAUGGCGUCAGUAAUGAUUCCGCUGAGCAUUGAUGAUGAAAUUGUGAGCCAGGAAUCAUCCGAUAUUGCCUGCGCCUCCACUCCGUGGUUGUUGAGUUUGGGCUUCAUUGUGGCAAUGUCGGCCUUAUUCUCCAAACUAUGGAGAAUCCAGCGACUCUUCAAGGCAACGGAAAUGGGACGACGAGUGAAUGUGGGAGUUAAGAAUGUGCUUGGACCAUUCGCAGUUAUGUUUGUGUUGAACUGUACUGUUCUGCUGACGUGGUCGAUUGUCUCUCCCCUACGAUUUCAACGAGAGUCUGUGGAAGGAGAGCCUUGGAAUUCGUACGGCAUUUGUCAGUCAGAUGAUAAGACAUUUGGAACAGCAAUGACGGCGGUGGUUUUCAUAGUGAAUGCGAUUCCACUAUUUGGCGCAUCGUACAUGGCCUACCGAGUUCGAAAUGUGAGCAGUGAAUUCUCCGAGAGCAAGCGUGUAGCACUAGCUUUAUUCACUUGGGUUCAAUUGGUUUUGGUCGUUGGUCCUAUGCUUGCUCUAAUUGAAAGUGACAAUCCUGCUGCCAGAUACUUUCUUCAGAUUGGUGCUAUAUUCUUGGUUUGUGUCUCUAUGCUUUGCUUGAUUUUUGUUCCCAUUGUCUGGCAAAAGAAGAAAGCUCACAGGGAAGCACAAAGAAAAAGCAACACAGCCAGUGUGAGGCAAAACGGAAUCGAAUCGGUCUCGACGUAUUCCAAAGCCGACCAACGCAACUCCGCGGAAUCUAACUCUUUCCGGAAAUUCUCCCUGCGAGACAAUCACAGGACACACGUAUCUGGUGUUGACUUCACGGGCAGUGUAUACUCAACAGCUGAAGAUCUUGGAAAAUUGGACGAAGUAGCAGAAGCGGAAGUAGACGAUGACGGCCAGUCGUCCCAUGAUGACCACACGCCAUCAGAUUUUGGAAGGUAA